AUGUUUUGUCUAAUUGUGAAAGAAAUGCAAAAAAUGAUUGUUGUUCAACUAUCAGAUUUGUCACCUUAUGUGGAGCAUCGAAGUCAGAAAUACGAUUUCAUUUUACUGCUAUCCCUUUCUUUCAUGUACCUUGCAACUGCAUUCCUGAUCAUCAAUUUUAGAACAGUACCGAAGACAUCAGUAGCAAAUUUUUCAAAGAAAUGUACAUUGGAAUGCACACGAAAAAAUUUCAAACUACAAAAGUACUGCCUUUCUAUUUGCAUAAAGUCAAAUGUUAAGAUAACUACUGUACAGGGUUGCAAGAGUUGCAUAUCGGGACGUAGUAAUGCCGCAGACCGGCUUAUUUUCCCAUGA